UCCGCGCGGGCCGGUGCCAGCCGUACCGGAGGACUGGAGGAGGGUCCAGACCCCGCCCCCGACGUCGGGAUUCGGGAGCUACGAGCCAGUCCCGCGAGGCCACUGUUGCUGUGGUGAUUUACAGCGGCCUGCGCGCCCGGAACCUGGUCUUUGCAGCUUUGAACACUGGAAGAAUGAGGUCCUCUUGGACCCCUUUGGGGCCCCCCGUGAGCCAGGACCGAAUCAUCACCAGUUUCCCUAAGUGGUACACCCCGGACGCCUGUCUACAGCUCAAAGAGCACUUCCACAGCCAGGUCAGCACAGCCUGCCAGCACAGGAACACAGGCACUGCGGGGCUCAGACUCUCCAAGGUGGUGGUAGUUGGCGAUCUCUACGUGGGAAAGACUAGCCUUAUUCACAGGUUGUGCAAGAACGUUUUCGACCGUGAUUACAAGGCCACGAUCGGCGUAGACUUUGAAAUCGAGCGCUUUGAGAUCGCAGGGAUUCCCUUUAGCCUCCAGAUCUGGGACACAGCCGGGCAGGAGAAGUUCAAGUGUAUUGCAUCUGCCUACUACCGCGGAGCCCAGGUGAUCAUCACAGCCUUUGACCUCACAGAUGUGCAGACUCUGGAGCAUACCAGGCAAUGGCUGGAGGAUGUGCUGAGGGAGAAUGAGGCAGGCUCUUGCUUCAUCUUCCUCGUGGGAACCAAGAAGGAUCUCCUGUCAGGGGCAGCGUGUGAGCAAGCCGAAGCUGAGGCUGUGCAUCUGGCCAAUGAGAUGCAGGCAGAGUACUGGUCUGUGUCGGCCAAGACGGGAGAGAACGUGAAGGCAUUCUUCAGCCGUGUUGCAGCCCUAGCCUUUGAACAGUCUGUACUUCAGGACCUAGAGAAGAGGCCCAGCACCCAGUCCCAGGUCGGAGAUGGAGAUGGAGACCUAAUACGAAUAGAGGUACCCAAGACCCAGGAGGGCAAGAGGCCACCCGGCCUGGGCUGCUGUUAACCGAGGCCAGAAUCAGAGGCAUCCACAGCGUGACAUGGAGCCCAAGGUCUACAGUGGAUAUGCCUUCAAGCCGGAGAAGCCCGGUGUCUUCAGAGCUCAGCCAUUUCUCUUUAGCCGGUCAGCAGCCACAGGCUGCCGAGGCUCCCAUACUGCCCGGCUGGCUGAUGGGCACCAGGGCGAGCCUUCCCUACAGGGUCUUCAGAUGGUCUCUGUGUUCUUAAGAGGCUUCGAGACUGCAGACUCGCGACACCUCAGGGCUAGCCCACACCCCUUAGCCAAUCACACCAAGAGCUGCGGCACCCUUUCCUCCGGAUCCUCUGGGAUUUCUGAACCCUCAUCUCCAUGUUCUGAGCACUGAGACUCGUCAGAGUAGGCGACUAAAACACCUGCCAUCCCACCUGGAGUUCUCUCCCAUCAAGAAGGCACGGAGUUCUGGGCCUUUCAGCGUCAGACCUAGCUCUCCCAGGAGGACUCGAGGGCUCCAUGGACAAAGCCCAUCUGGCCCCUCUGGCAGAGUCCCGCCUCCAUCUCUGAGACUCCCCAUGGUUCUGCCCUGGGUAUUAGUGGGUCAGAAGGUGGGCCUUUGGUUCAUCGCUGUGAGCAUCCGGAGGGACGGCGAUUGCAUGGUGGCCUUCGGCAACUCAUUCCACAUCCCUGGACCUGAUACUGCCCUGUGUUUUCACCUCUGCAUGUCCCUGUUGGCUUACUAUGUGUCCGUCCAACUGGACUAUGUCUCUCAGGACCUUGGCAUUGGACCACAUAUCUCUGGAGGACUUGGGACAUCCAGAAUCUAGCAUGCCUAACCCCUUACUGCACAUCAGCAGGGACACUGCGCCGGCUACGUGGGUCCAGGGUCUCCCCCGACCCCCUCACUUAUUCUGUAUUCCUAUAGCUCUGGGCCCAGACCCACGUGCCUGUCUUUCUCCUACCAUAAGAGUGUGGGCACACCUAGCAUUCCUAUCUGCUGCACCCCCAAUCCCUGCCAAGACAGGGUCUCAUGUAGGCUAUGCUGUCUUCCAACUCUAUUUGUAGCUGAGGCUUACCUUGGGUUUUAUUUACUCUCCAUCUCCCAAAUGCUAGAAUUAGAGAGAGGUACCACCAUACCUAGCAACACCUGCUUCUCAAGAAUGGUAAGCCCCUGGAGGCAGCCACGUUGGUCCAUGCCGUUUCCUAAGUGCCUGGCAUACCACACCUCUCCAUGACUGUUCAUUAACUCAGCAAGGGCCAAGCCUCCGAGAACACGGAUCUAGCUUCCCGUUCGAUACAUUCAUUAGCCUUAUUUUAGUGAGCUCUCUCUCCCUCCCCGAUGCACACCCCACUCUGAAACAGUGUAUCACUAUGUAUAGUAGGCCGGCCUUGAGCUUGCAGCAGCCGGCUGCCUCUGCUUCCCAAGUCCCAGGGUUAUAGACACAAAGCUCUUUUUUGGCUCAAGGUCUUUGAUUCUAGAAAGUAUAGAAAACAUCUCUUUAAAGGACUUAAUGUUUGGUAUUAAACAAG